AUGCUGAUACUCUCCAGGCCCGGGUUCGAGCGAGUUGUCAUUUCGGAUGCUUCUGCAUUCGCUGCCAGGUCUCAGGCUCAGGACUACAAAUUCCGAUUGGAACAGGCCACCCAGAAGAUAACCGCCCUGGAGGGUGAUAUCAUUCGGCUGGAGAGUCAAGUGAAGCGAUAUAAAACCAACCUGGAUGAUGCCGAGAAGAAGGAGGAACAGUUGAAACAGGAUCGCCGCAAACUGCAGCGUGAUGUGAGCAUUCUUUUUUUGUGUGUGUGCGUGUGCGUGCUUGCUUGCUUGCGCGCAUAUUUGUCACUUUGA